CGCCAACAUGCUAUUCAAACUUCAAACCUCUGCGUCUCCACUCUCCACACCUCCAUUGAAUCCAUUUCUUCACCAACCAAAUCAGCUCCAACCCUCCUUAUGGAUCAAAGCCCCACACUUCGCAUUCUGAAUCUCUGAUUCUUUUCCGUCUCUGUGUGUUUCUUUCACUUUCCUCUCUUUCCUUUUUCGGUUCCGAGAUGCCGUUGAGAUCCGGUCAUGGACCGGGAGGCUGACCUUCCAGCCGCACCUGCAACGUCCCAGAAUCUCUCUCGUCAAUCUCGCCUCUCUCGCCCCUUCUCUUCAUCCUCAUCAUCUAACUCUUCUUCUUCUUCAAACCCAGAUUUCGUUCGGCAUGUGCAAGCAGCCCUCAAGCGUCACAGGCCUCUCAAUACAAUGCAGUCUGAAAGUCUUCGACCAAGGCGUGUACUGGUCCCCCAGAGAGAACCAUCGAAGGGCACUGAGAAGUCUCAAGAUGCAGUGUCGUCGAGACAGCCUAAUGCGGCAUGUGAAUUGACUGAUCAGAGGGAGAGUGUUGUUGCAGUUGCUGGAGAUAUUCCUGAUGAUUCGUCAGUUACUCCUCUUGUUUUGGGGACAAUUACGAAAACCCAUAACCAGCCUUUCUGCUUGAAGGGAGAGAAAACUAAACCUGAUAUUGAUCUUAAUUGCCAGAAUGAUGAUGCGGUUUCUUCGUCGCGUGUAGUAUCUCAACACCUUCCAGCGGUUGAUAGUCUGAAGAAAGUUCAAUUUUCUUUGGGCAGCGAUGUCAAUUCCCAGAGGGCCGAUGAACGAAUGGCCACUAUAGGGGACUUGUCAUCUCAUUUGAGUUCUCUUGCAUUGACAGAAAUGGAGUGCGAUGGAAGCAAUCGGGUGGAGACAUCUUCUGUUAAUGGUCAUGACCUGAAGCCACGAGAUAUUCAGCAACCAGAAAUAGUGGAUAUCAGUUUGAGGUCAGAUGGUGGAGUCUCUUCAUUGCUGAUAAAAAGAAGUGCUUUGUAUCAGGAUCAACAACAUCAAUUAAUGGCAUUUCUUGGAAAGGACAUUAGCCACCCCAUGACUCAAUCUUCGGUUGUCGGUUCAACAUGUGCGACCACAACAUCAGUCCAUUCAUCAUCUGCACCUAUGCUGAAUUCAGCCACCUACAGCUCUUAUCGUCGAGAUAGUGAUUCUCACAUGGACAUAGAACCGUUGGAAGAGUUCAAGACUAAGCCACAACCUAUAGCUCAAGGAAUUGCUGUGCAGCCAUGUUCUACACUUCAGUGUAACAGUGGGAUGGUAGCAGAACAGACAGCUAUUAGCCAAGCAUCUCUCUCUGCUUUUCAUACUUCCCUGGUAGUUAAUGAUCAAAGGCUGUUAAAGGGCCAGCAAGACUGUAAUGUGAAGGAAGAUGAGCAGCCACAUGAUGCACAUGUUGACCAUGGAAAAGGUUCUCAGUUUGAUGAUAAACUAAUCAAAGGGAAGGAGUUCCAAGGUGAUGGUCGUGACGUAAUUUCUCAGAAUCCAUCAACAAGAAACUCAUCUUCAAAUGUGAAAUUGGAGCCUUCCAAAUCAGAAAAACCAGAAAAGGCUGUAAGUGGAAAAGGGACAUCAGUUCGUAAAAAGAAUUACGAUGCUGAUUUGUUCUUUAAAGUUAAUGGAAAACUCUACCAAAAGCUUGGCAAGAUAGGAAGUGGCGGAAGCAGUGAGGUCUACAAAGUCAUUUCAGCUGACUGUACAAUCUAUGCCCUUAAGCGGAUCAAGCUUAAAGGUCGUGAUUAUUCUACUGCAUAUGGGUUUUGCCAGGAGAUUGAGUACCUAAAUAAGUUGAAGGGAAAAAAUAACAUCAUUCAACUUAUAGACUAUGAGGUGACUGACAAAACUCUGCUCAAGGAUGUCAUGAUUGGUUCGAUGAAUACAAAAGAUGGCAGAAUCAAGGAUGAUGGAUACAUUUACAUGGUACUUGAAUAUGGAGAGAUUGAUUUGGCUCAUAUGCUGUCACAGAAGUGGAAAGAAAUGGAUAGUUCCAAUUGGUCUAUGGAUGAGAACUGGCUUCGUUUCUAUUGGCAGCAAAUACUUCAAGCAGUAAACACGAUACAUGAAGAACGCAUUGUGCACUCGGACUUGAAGCCAGCUAACUUCCUUCUUGUCAAAGGUUCACUAAAAUUGAUUGAUUUUGGAAUUGCUAAAGCCAUCAUGAGUGAUACAACCAACAUUCAACGUGAUUCACAGGUGGGUACAUUGAGCUACAUGUCUCCAGAAGCAUUCAUGUGUAAUGAGAAUGAUGCAAACGGAAACACAAUCAAGUGUGGUCGACCAUCAGAUAUCUGGUCCCUCGGCUGCAUCCUUUAUCAAAUGGUAUAUGGGAAGACUCCAUUUGCAGAAUACAAAACAUUCUGGGCCAAGUUCAAGGUCAUAACUGAUCGAACCCAUGAGAUUACCUAUGGACCAAUUUCAAAUCCUUGGUUGCUUGACCUUAUGAAGAAGUGUCUUGCAUGGGAUCGCAAUGAAAGGUGGCGGAUACCUCAACUACUUCAACACCCUUUCCUUGUUCCUCCUGUAUCGUCUCAGUUAUCAUUGCCACAGUACCAAAGCUGUAAGUUGCUUCAGCUAAUGGCUGAAGCCUAUGGGAAUGAUUAUGACAUGUCUAGGCUAUUUUCUCAUCUCCAACAAAUCCUAACUGACCCAGUUCCUCAGUUGUCAUCUCAGUUGUCCACACCACGAGACCAACACUGUGAGUUACUCUCACAAGUGUCAAGACUUUGCCAUCAAAUCCAGGAACACAUAGCAAACCUUGGGAAAGAGUAAGAUUAAAGCAUGUAGUCAUGACCUGCUGAAGUGUAAUUUUUUGUGAGGGAGAUGAGGUAAAUGUUUUACAAUGAGGCGUUCUUUAUUGUGUAAUCUCUUGUAAUCAUUGGUGCUGUUUCAUGUUAGCAUGCAAAGAAUGUAUCUUAUAAUUCCCUGUGGUACAUUAUCCGUCUUAGGUUUUACAUUUCUGUUUGCUUGCAUGUUGGUUCUUGUGGAACGCUCCUGCUCUCAUUUACCUGUUGACACCAGAAAGCAUGAGUUGUGCUGAACUGCUGAUUAUGCUCUAGUAUUGCUUCUUUCAGGGCUAAUAUUCAGCUUGUGAGUAAUUUCUUCUGUAA